AAAAAGCCCGGAAUCCUAUCCAUGUGAAAAUCGCAUGUUGUUUCCGUGUGUCUGUUGUCUGCCGCCGCGCUGGUCCAACACGUGAACCCACGCUCGGAUCUGCACACUAUAAGAAUACGCAUCAAAAAUGACUGAAGGAGAAGUUGCAACAAAUGGUGAAAAUGCCACCGGCAAAGACAUUCAGGAUAUUGAAGCCAAGAUUAUACGUCAAGUUGAAUACUAUUUUGGUGACUACAACCUUCCUCGAGACAAAUUCCUUCAGGAAGAAGUGAAAAAUGAUGAUGGUUGGAUUAGUAUGGAAACGAUGACAAAGUUCAAGCGCUUGGCCAGUUUGUCCACUGAUGCAGAAGUUAUCACAGCUGCUUUACGGAAGUCUGAUAGUAAGCUGAUUGAGGUGCAUGAAAGCAAUACCAAGAUACGCCGUUCCCCCGACCAACCCCUGCCUAUUUUUGAUGACAAAAUAAAGGAAGAAACUAUGAAACGAACAGUUUACUGCAAGGGUUUUCCUAAGGAUGGCUCUGUGACCUUGGAUGAUCUCCUUGAAUAUUUCAAGGCAUAUGGCCCAUAUGAGACUGUCUUGAUGCGGUACUUCUUCAACAAGGAAGACAAGAAGCAAGGUUUUAAGGGUUCUGUUCUGGUUGUGUUUCCAAAAGAGGAAAAAGCUAAGGAGUUUAUGGAGUUGGGUGAGGUAAAGUUUAAGGAUACAGUUUUGAUCAGGAAAUGGCACACAGAUUAUGUUGAAGAGAAAAAAAAGGAAAUUGAGGAACGCAGAGCCAAAAAAGAAGCAAGAAAGAAGGAGAAUCAGGAUGAUGACUUUGUUGAGGAUGAACUAGAAAUUGAACUCCCAAAGGGUAUCUUCCUACACUUCACUGGCUUUAGUGAAGGCAAUGAUAUAACUAGAGAGGACAUCAAGGAAGCAUUGGGAGAAAAUGUCGAUCAGUGUGCCUGGAUUGACUUCAGCCGUGGCAUGACUGAGGGUUAUCUACGCUUCAAGGAGGCUGACUUCAACAAAAUUGUAAUGGACAAGUUAGAAGGAAAGAUAAAGGUUAAAGAAAUGGAAGGUACCCUUCGUUUAGUUGAAGGUGAGGAGGAAGAUGAACAGUUGAAGAAAAUGAAAGAGGCCAGGAGCAGAGCACGGGCAAGUAUUAGCAAAAAGAGAAAAUCUGGUGGCCGAGGCUUUCAGAACAAGAGGAGAAGGAUGUAAUUCCUGUGGUAAAUGCAGUGAUAUACUUGAUCGCAAAAUCACAUCAUGCCAAAUUAUUUUUCAUGUUAUUAGAGACAGAAAAGGUAAUUCUUUCGAUGUAUUUCUUUUCUCUUAGAGUUUUAUCUUGUCUUUAGGUAGUACACUCACUAUUUUAUGCCUUUCUAUGGAUCC